UAGAUGCUGAGGGUCAUUUUAUAGAUAUUUUUGACACAAUCAAUGUAAAUCAAUUAAUAAUUUGAUCUUUAUAAAUGACUUAGAACGAAGCAAAUGUCAAAAUAUUCUUUAUUUAAACAUGCAAUCAUGUUAUAUUACGUGGUUGUUGGAAAUUAAUAAUAUAUCUCACCGCUUUCAACAAAUCUAUGACUAAAAUUAACAACAAAUAAAACUAAAAAACACUUCAUUUUAUACAGUUUCCAAUGUUCUUUCACUUGCUCCACUUAUUUCGAAUUCGUGAUUGUGUUAUCGACAUAUUCUGUUAUUCACAUUGUUUCUAUUGCUUUCAAAUCGUUUUGAGAUGUAAAGUAGUUUCCUUUGCCGCUAGUUUAGGAAACUAAAUAUUUAUGGAAAACAAUUUCCAAGCUAUUGUUCGAAAUGGUAAGUUAUAAACAUAAUAGGGGUAACAGGAGAACUUAAACUAAACAAUUAAAGUGACUUUAAAGGCUACGUAACAAUGUAAAUGUUUUAUUGACGUAGUAAAAUUUACCGAUUAUAUGAAAUAAGUAAGAUUAUAUAAAAAGAAAUUAAUCUCAAUGAAGCCCCUGUUUAAGGUGACAGUCUAUUCAAUAGAAUAUUCUUAUUAAAAUUAGAUAACAUAUUUUUUUCCUGCAUUUCCUGCAAAAAAUAAUAUAGAAUAACGUGUUCCUAGAUUCAUCUGUUGUUAUCGUCCACAUUAACCAUGCUAACAUUAACAUCUUUAUUUUUUAAAUCGCUUAUCUUUCUAUUGUUCUCCAAAUUACUUUUUUUUAACGUCGGGAUAGGCUGAGUUUUUUUAUUUAUUUUCUUCAGUAUUUAUACAUCUCCUUCGACACGAUGUGCGUUUAGUUGGAAAUAAAGCCAACACAAUGUUCUCAUUGUUAUGAUAACCUAGUAUAUUUUAUAUAUUUAUUUACCUCUAAAUUUGUUAGCAAUGUAUCGCUUAUUAUUAGUAUUUGUUGUAAUUAAUUUAAUUUCAUGUCAAGAUUAUAGUGCAAUAGAUUAUUACAGUGUAGAAAGCUAUGAAGGUGAUAUAUUUAAUGAAGUUUUUAAUUCGAGCACGAAAGAAAAACCUAAGAGAAUUAAAUUGAUCAAAAAUGUGACUUCUAAAGAACUUAAAGAUCUUGAAAACAAAAUGGCUCCGACGCGCUGCAAUCACCAGGUUUUCACGAUAUCCGAAGAAAGUGACGAAGACAAAAACCUAUUGAUCGGUUACCCAUUCUCUGUAUCCAUACAAAGAAAGGGUGCUCACUAUGCCACAGGCGCAUUAGUUAACAAGAGAUGGAUACUGAGCUCCGCUAGUGAGUUUUAUAAUGUAAGAGAAACGAUCAAAUUGUUCCGAGUGCGACUAGGGUCGGUGGACUGCAAAAGAGGUGGUUCUUUAAAACCGAUCAAACAUUUCGAAAUACACCCGUCGUACGUGUACCGAAAGCCGAGUUUCGACUUGUGUUUGUUGCGCAUGGCGGCGCUAGUACACUAUUCACAAGUCGUACAGCCGAUAAAACUUUCUAAAGUUACGGCCAAAGUCAUCAGUGCCAAGUUCAUGACAACUUAUUGGCCGAGGAUAGUGAUCAAAGGCAAAGUCCUACCAAAAUAUGCAAAGGAACGUUUGAAACAAAGCAGUAUGAGAGUGUCCACUCAAAAAAUGAUACCAUGGGACGAAUGCUCGGUCAUGGUGGCGGCCGCGAACGAAACUUUGGACGAAUCUAGUUUGUGUUUGAAGUCUAUCGCUCGACACCACAGCGCGUGUAUGCCCGACGUAGGUGCUCCAGUUAUCGCUAACGACGGAUUAUGGGGUGUCACUUCGGGAUGGACGGCUGCUAACUGUACAGCGUCCUUAAGCCCAACGAUAUUCACGAGAAUCUCCUCUGCAGCAGUGCGCUCCUGGUUGGACGCGCAUUCGGCUGACGUUUAGGACGCUAACGACCAUGACGUAAUAGAACAUACACACCUACCAGUUUAUAAUAGCCUGGUAUAAUUUAUAGCUGACGGUUUAUUGUUAAAUAAAUUAGAAACAAUUAA